AUGGACCCCCUGGACAGAGCUCAGGUACUCCUUAUCUGCGACCUGUGUAAAAGAGCUGCACUACAGAGUCAUUGUGAACUUUGUCAGAUUAAUCUGUGUAAGGCCUGUGUUGGGGAGCAUCUCUCUGAUUCAUCCAAAAGACACAAUGUUGUACCAUACAAACACAGAACUUCUAAUCCCAACGUUAACUAUCCAAUUUGUUCAAAACACAUCCAGAAACAUUGUGAACUCUAUUGUGAGAAAUGUGAGAUCUGUGUCUGUUCUACCUGCCUCUCCUCUGAUGAACACAAAGGGCAUAAUUUGACAAAUGUCUAUCAGAAUCCAACCUUCAUUAAAGAAAUUCUAAACAAGGAUUUGAAAGAACUUGAAAAAAGAAUACUUCCAACAUAUGAAGAAAUUGCAUCAGACUUAAACACUGAAAAAGUAAACUUAGUGGAAAAACAUUAUGAGAAACUGAUAACAGAGGUCAACAACAAAGGGGCAGACUGGCACAGAGAAAUUGAUAACAUAGUCAACCAAAAGAAAUCUGAAAUUGAUGAAAUGAAAUCUAAACAUCUGGCUGUUCUAAAUAAAGAGGAAAAUGAAAUCAAACAAAUAACUUUAGAUUUAAAACAGAGUAUCCAUGAUAUGAAGAAAAUCCUUGACUCCGAUAAUAUCUCCCUAACCUCUGCUUACAAAUCCAGGAAUGCUGAAUUCAGAAGUUUGCCUCCAAAAGUCAAUGUUUCAUUACCUAGUUUCUGUCCUCAUCCAGUCAACACAUAUCAAUUUCAUCAAAUGUUUGGUUCUCUGUCAGCAUUAUCCAUUACAAUAGAUGAAGACAGCUACACAAUGAAAACACCAGAAGCUGUAUCCUGUCCUCCAGUCAAACCACUGCUUGAUGUACCAAAGCUCAUCAUUACAGUUGAAACUGGGUGUCAAUACUUAUUAAGAAGAGUUGCCUGUCUCAGUGAUGAAAAAAUCUGGACAUGUGGUAAUGAAAAAAAUUUAAAACUCUACAACCUACAGAGUACACUAUUGAAGUCAAUCCAAACUAAGUCAGGAAACAUACCGGGUGACAUAACAGUGACAAAGAGUGGAGAUUUAGUUUACACCGACCCUGAUACAAGAACUGUAAACAUAGUGAAGAAUGACCAGAUACAGGAAGUGAUCAGAUUACAGGGGUGGAAACCUCACUAUGUCUGUAGUACCUCCUCUGGUGACCUCCUGGUUACCAUGGUCAGUGAUGAUGACAAACAAGCAAAAGUUGUCCGUUACAUUGACUUCAAACAGAAACAAACCAUUCAGUAUGACAGUGAAGGUUACCCUCUGUAUUCAUCUUUUUACAUAAAUACAAAUAAAUACAUUACUGAAAACAGGAAUUUGGAUAUCUGUGUAGCUGACUGUGAGGCCCACGCAGUAGUGGUGGUUAACCAGGCAGGAAACCUCCGAUUUAGAUAUACCGGUCGUCCCUCUAAUACCAGGGGAACAUUUAAUCCAUACAGCAUCACAACAGACAGUCAGAGUCAGAUCCUGACAGCAGACUUUAGUAACCACUCUAUCCACAUCCUAGAUCAGGACGGACAUUUCCUUUCUUACAUUGAUAACUGUGACAUAGAGCUUCCAUAUGGUUUAUGUAUAGACACCAGUGACAACCUCUUUGUGGCUGAGUAUGACAGUGGUUACGUGAAGAAAAUCAAAUAUAUGUCAACAAUGUUUUAA